AUGGCGGCGAACGUCCUGGUCAGGAACCUCAAUGCGAUACAAGAGACUCAACAACAGGCCUCCGUCAGCACCGUCGACCAUGCCCUCGAUGGCCAAUCCCGAUUUGGAGAGAUAGUUGCUAUUCUGGCUGUUGGAUCCGUUCUGUCGACUGCGGCGGUCAGUCUCCGGGUCUACACCAGGGUUAGGAUGCUGCGAACUUUUGGGCUGGACGACUCAGUGAUGGUGGUUGCCCAGAUGUUCCUUAUUGGAUCAGCUGUUGCCAUUGGCCUUGAAAGCAAAUGGGGUCUUGGCUUUCAUUCAUGGGUUCCUCCACCCGAGGACUAUGUCCCGUACAUGAAGUCCUUUUACACCUCGAUCAUCGUGUACAACAUCGCGACCUGCCUCGUCAAGAUCUCCAUCCUAUUGCAAUACCGCCGCAUCUUCGCCAUCGACAUUAUGCAGAAGUUGACGUUGUGGGGUCUUGCCUUUAUGAUCUCGUGGACUGCCAUGCUCUCCUUCCUUCUACCAAUGAUGUGUCUUCCCGUAGCCGCUUUCUGGGAUUCGACCAUCGAAGGCCGCUGCAUAGACUUCCUUGCCAUCUGGUACACCAUGGCCGGAGUCAAUCUCGUAGCCGACUUUGCCAUUUUCAGCAUGCCGAUUCCGGUCAUCAACUCACUGCAACUUCCUCGCAAGCAGAAGCGAAUGUUACUCGUUGUCUUCUGUCUCGGAUUCUUCACAUGCAUCAUCUCUGCACUCAGAAUCCGAACCCUCCGCGUUGCUGCAGAUACAAAAGACCCAUACUGGGAUAACGUGGACGCCGCCACAUGGUCCUUCCUCGAGGUCGCCAUCGGAAUCCUGGCGGCAUGUCUUCCCACCCUUCGACCGAUAUUCGUUACUCUGCUGCCACGCCUCUUCAACGCGUCUUCACUGCAGUUCAGGAGUAGUGGCAGGCCAUCGAAAUACGGUAAUCCGUAUGCUCAACCAAGCGAAGGAAACAACAGGGCCAGUUUUAUGCACGGGCUGGGAUUCCACCGCCCUAUGAGCAGCACAGAGGGGCUGAAUCGCCAAGACGGAGUUGAAAUGUCCGGUCAAGAGAGCGAGACGUCGGCUGAGUACACCGUCAGCGUUAGCACAGGAGCACCCGAAAGCCUCGACAAAAUGUCUCGGGUGAAGAGCAAGAGAGACAGUGUGAUGGAUGGUCAGCAUAUCAGGGGGCAUAUUCGGACUACGACUGUGGUGACUCAGGAGGUCACGUUCGAGAAGCCCUCUAGUUCCAAGUCUAACCCAGACCAGGAUUAA